UAUCAGAAAUUUAGAAGAGGGUAUUAAAAAUAUAAAUUAAAUCAUACGUAUUUAUUACUUUCUUCUUUAUAGAUAUAGUCAGUCUUAUCAAUUAAUUUAAUUCAAUUAAUUUAUUUUGUGUCUCAUUUAAAUUUAAACUAAUACAAGUAUUUACGAUAAAUUUUAAAUAAAAACAGUUUUAUAGUGUUCAUCAUGUCAGGCGGAUUGAUUUUAAUAUCUUUAGCUUUGAUUAUUUCAAUAUUACCGCAUAUUACGUAUUGCUCAACAAAGGAAUUACGGGUGGUAGGAGGUACUAAUGCUGCUGUAAAUAGUGCACCAUUUAUAGUGUCCUUCCAACAGGAUGGUGUACACUAUUGUGCGGGCAGUAUUCUCAAUGCAAAUUGGAUAGUUACAGCUGCCCACUGUCUAAGUCCGAAAGCUCUAGUCUUGAGCACUACUCUAGUAGCGGGAAGUAUUGAUGUGGCUGGUACGGCAGCUACAACACAAACACGUUCCAUUGAUAGCUAUGUGGUAAAUGAUUUAUAUUUGGGUGGCACCUCCCCCUAUGAUAUAGGUUUGGUCUAUACAUCCAAUGCCUUUAGCUGGUCAAAUGCUGUUGCCCCAAUUAGUCUACCAGCUAGUGGCAGCACACCAACAGGUGAUGCUUUACUCUAUGGUUGGGGUAGUAUUUCCACAACUAAUACCGCCGAUUAUCCCACAACCCUACAAGUAGCAACGGUUCCGAUUAUUUCACAAAGCACAUGUGAGUCUGCUUUGGGCAGUCAGGGAGCAAAUGUUCACGAUACAAAUCUAUGUACAGGACCACUUACCGGUGGUGUUGGCAUUUGUACUUCAGAUUCUGGUGGUCCUUUAGUGCAGAGUGUUAAUGGUGAGAAUGUUUUGAUUGGUAUUGUUUCCUGGGGAAAAUUACCUUGCGGCCAGGCUAAUUCUCCAUCGGUAUAUGUUCAGGUUUCAUCGUUUAUUUCGUGGAUUUCUGCCAAUCAGGUGGUAACAUCCUAAUGUAAUAGUGUUUAAGGAAAUAAAUGCAUAUUUCGCUAUUAAUGUGAUUUAAUUAAUAAAAAAUAUAAAUGAUUUAGUUGUGAUUUUUUUUUAAAUUUGUUUAAAAGUAACUAGUUCUAGAACCAGUGCAGUCGGAACGACAUUUAAAUAUACGAUAAUAAAAAUAAUAAAGCAUAAAAUUUCAAAAUAUGUACCAAA